AUGGCUGCUCUCCGAUCUCAGGGCAUUGCCCGCAUCCUGCGAAGCGCCGCCGCGCCGCGCCUGGCCGUGCCCAUGGCCACCCAGCGCCUCCAAAGCUCCGUCGCGAAGAGCGCCGAGAAGGAGGUUACUGGCACGCCCGCCGCCCCCAACCAGCCCGACUUCGACACUCCUCACGACAAGGCCACCUCGACCUUUACACCCGUGCCCAGAUCGGUUCAGGACGGCACCGACGACGUCCGGUCCGCCGCCGUCACUUCCGGCGCUCCUAUGGAGCUCCAGGCUCGUACCGUCAGAAUAUACAAGGAGUCCAAGGCCGCUACACAGUCCGGGACCUGGAGGGGCCACGAUUGGCGCAUGGACUGGGACAUUCUUCCCAAGGGCCACCGCUGGGAGAACCCUCUGAUGGGAUGGCAGUCUUCGGGGGAUUACAUGCAGGGCACGCACCUCAGCUUCGAGACCAAAGAAGAUGCCAUUCACUUUGCUGAGAAGCAGGGCUACGAAUUCUUCGUGCAGGAGCCCAACACCCGCAAGUUCACUCCGAAAGCGUACGCCAACAACUUCCUAUACAGUGCCCGCAAGCUCAAGCACAUCCGCACGAAGUAG